AUGAGGGAAUGUAUCUCAGUCCACAUCGGCCAAGCCGGCGUCCAAAUCGGCAACGCUUGCUGGGAGCUAUACUGCCUAGAGCAUGGUAUCCAGCCUGAUGGCCAGAUGCCAUCAGACAAGACCCUGGGCGGAGGCGAUGACUCUUUCAACACCUUCUUCAGCGAGACGGGUGCCGGCAAGCACGUGCCAAGAGCUGUAUUCGUGGACUUAGAACCUACCGUUGUUGAUGAGGUCCGUACCGGCACGUACCGUCAGUUGUUUCAUCCAGAACAACUUAUCACUGGUAAAGAAGACGCAGCCAAUAACUACGCCAGGGGCCACUACACCAUCGGAAAGGAAAUCGUCGACGUAGUCCUUGACAGAAUGAGGAAACUCGCUGACCAGUGCACCGGACUCCAGGGUUUCUUGGUGUUCCAUUCAUUCGGCGGCGGCACUGGAUCCGGCUUCACAUCAUUGCUGAUGGAGCGUCUCUCCGUCGACUACGGCAAAAAGUCUAAGCUCGAGUUUUCCAUCUACCCUGCUCCUCAGGUGUCGACGGCUGUAGUAGAACCAUACAAUUCCAUCCUGACAACCCACACCACCCUGGAGCACUCAGACUGUGCAUUCAUGGUCGACAACGAGGCCAUUUACGACAUCUGCAGAAGAAACCUGGAUAUUGAGAGACCCACCUAUACUAAUCUCAACAGGCUUAUUGGGCAGAUUGUAUCAUCCAUCACGGCCUCUCUCCGUUUCGACGGAGCCCUAAAUGUAGACCUGACAGAGUUCCAGACCAACUUGGUACCUUACCCUCGUAUCCACUUCCCCCUGGCGACAUACGCGCCGGUCAUCUCCGCUGAGAAAGCCUACCAUGAGCAACUCACAGUCGCUGAAAUCACCAAUGCAUGCUUCGAGCCGGCAAAUCAGAUGGUGAAAUGCGAUCCUCGUCAUGGCAAAUACAUGGCUUGCUGCAUGUUGUACAGGGGUGACGUGGUGCCAAAGGACGUGAAUGCAGCAAUUGCUACCAUCAAGACCAAGAGGACCAUUCAGUUCGUAGACUGGUGUCCGACAGGCUUUAAGGUGGGCAUCAACUACCAGCCUCCCACGGUGGUUCCAGGUGGAGACUUGGCCAAGGUACAGCGUGCUGUCUGCAUGUUAUCCAAUACCACCGCCAUCGCCGAGGCCUGGGCCAGACUUGACCACAAAUUCGACCUGAUGUACGCUAAGCGCGCUUUCGUCCACUGGUACGUCGGUGAGGGUAUGGAGGAAGGAGAGUUCUCUGAAGCUCGUGAGGAUCUGGCUGCUCUUGAGAAGGACUACGAGGAAGUUGGAGUAGACUCCACUGAGGGAGAGCUCGAUGAGGAAAACGAAUAUUAA